AUGGGUGCUCUACGGUGGCUGUCCGUCGCCGCAGCUGCGGCAUCCACAGUGUCUGCCUUGACUCCGGACCAGUUUAUCAGCGCCCCACGGAGAUCCGAAGUUGUUCCUAACCCAUCGGGGGAUACCGGACUGUUCUCGACGUCGCAAUACUCCUUUGACACCCACUCGAGUCACACGUGGUGGAGCCUGAUCGACCUCAAGUCGGGAGAAAUCAGUACACUUACCAAUGACAGCCAUGUCUCGGAGGUCAUCUGGCUAGGCUCUGACGCUUCCACCGUCCUUUAUAUCAACAAUACCAAUGCGCAGAUCCCCGGGGCUGUGGAACUGUGGAUAUCAGAUACUUCUAGCUUUGCCAAUGGAUACAAAGCCGCGUCCCUACCAGCCAACUUGCUGGGAAUUAAAUCCGUCGUGACAGAUUCGGGAGACGUGCGAUACAUCUUGCGUGGAAAGUCCUAUCCAAAUGGCACCGUGUACAAUGAUAAACUCGCAGCAACGCUACCCAGCUCCGCUCGCAUCUACGAUAGCAUCUUCCCGCGCCAUUGGGAUACUUGGCUGACUCCGAUCUCUCACGCUGUUUUUUCGGGCACAUUGCAGAAUACGCCCGCAGAGGGCGGGAAAGCUCAGUAUACCGGUGCGGAGACUCUGAAGAACUUGGUCAAUCCGGUCAAGGGUGCAGAGAGUCCAUUCCCGCCGUUCGGAGGAAAUUCUGAUUAUGACCUCUCGCCUGAUGGGAAAUGGGUGGUCUUCAAGAGCAAGGCCCCGCAGCUGCCUUUGGCUAAUAAUACUGCGUCAUAUAUAUAUCUUGUUCCGCAUGAUGGGUCUGCGAAAGCGUUCGCGAUAAAUGGGCCCGAUAGUGCUGCUACGCCUACAGGGAUCGAGGGUGAUUCGAGCUAUCCGGUGUUUUCUCCGAAGAGCGAUAAGGUGGCAUAUUUCCAGAUGGCGGAUAGAGAGUAUGAGUCGGACCGUCGCACGCUGUACGUUUAUACGAUUGGUUCUGAUGAGACUAUUCCAAGCCUUGCAAAGGACUGGGAUCGCUCUCCAGACUCCGUCAAGUGGGUCGGUUCAGACAACCUGGUCGUGACCAGCGAAGAUCUGGCGCGAACCAGGCUAUUCUCCAUUCCGGUGACUGCUGGGGAUGACUUCAAGCCGACUAACUUCACGGAUGGUGGCUCUGUGUCCGCACACUACGUUCUACCUGACUCUACCAUUCUUGUCACUGGAAGCGCUAUCUGGACGAACUGGAAUGUAUAUACAGCAAGUCCAAGCCAGAGUGUUAUCAAGACAUUGGCAUCAGCCAACGAGAUUGACCCUGAGCUUAGUGGACUUGGACCCGCUGAUAUUGACGAGUUCUACUACCAGGGCAAUUGGACCACUCUCCACUCAUGGAUCAUCUACCCACAAGGCUUUGAUAAGACGAAGACAUACCCUCUAGCACUCUUCAUCCACGGUGGUCCCCAAGGUGCUUGGAGGGACUCGUGGAGCACGCGCUGGAACCCCAAGGUCUUCGCCGACCAGGGCUACGUCGUCAUCGCACCCAACCCAACAGGAAGUACUGGGUUCGGUGACGCCCUCACCGAUGCGAUCCAAAACAACUGGGGCGGCGCUCCCUACGAUGACCUCGUCAAAGCAUGGCAAUACGUCCACGACCACCUCGACUUCGUCGACACAGACAACGGCGUCGCCGCAGGAGCCAGCUAUGGCGCCUACAUGAUCACUUGGAUUCAAGGCAGCGAGUUCGGUCGUAAAUUCAAAGCUCUUGUCUCCCACGACGGCUCAUUCAUUGGCGACGCCAUGAUCGCUACAGACGAGCUGUGGUUUAUUGAACAUGACUUCAACGGAACCUUCUGGACAACCCGAGACAACUACCACAACUGGGAUCCCUCUGGCCCCGGUCGGGUCCUCCAAUUCAGUACCCCCCAGCUGGUCAUCCACAGCGACAAGGACUACCGUGUCCCUGUCUCUGAGGGUAUCGCGCUCUUCAAUGUUCUCCAGGAGAGAGGCGUGCCCAGUCGGUUUUUGAAUUUCCCCGAUGAGGAUCAUUGGGUAACCGGCCAAGAAAACAGCCUCGUCUGGCACCAGCAGGUCCUAGGCUGGCUGAACCGAUACUCCGGAGUCGAGAAGUCGAACCCGGACGCUGUCAGUCUCGAUGAUACGGUUAAUCCGGUUGUUAACAUUAACCCAUGA